AUCACUCUAAAACAAAAUUUUAAGUAUGUAAAUUUUAAUAAACAUAUUAUUUUCAAACUUUAAAACAUCAAGUGGUUCGAUUACUGUCACAUUACGAGUUUAUGUUAUGCAUUAAUUAUUGUAAAGUAAUCUUAAUUAAUUUUACUAGUUUCAAUCUAAGACAUUAAAAAAUAAAUACAUUCAAUUGGAAUGGCCACCAAUCUAAAAAAAUAUGUUACAAGUAAUUUAUUAGAAUUUCUAUUAUUAUCUGUUGACCCUAACUUAAUAUUUAAAAAUGAUGCAGUCAAAAAAUUACAUUCUAUUAUUAUAUGUUAUGAUAUUCAACACUUUUACAACAUAAAUAAGUGUAUUACAAAUAAUAAUUUAACUACAACAUCAGUUCGAUUAGAUGAAUUUUCUGCUUAUUGUGAUAGCAAAGUUAAGCCCAAGUAUUUCAUCAGACAGAACGGAUACCACUGUUCUAUGACUGUUGCUGACGUUUUAAAAAUACAAGAAUGGGCAAAUCUAUACUUAAUCAUAGGACCUACUCUAAUGAAAUUUUUACUAUUUGAUUGUUUGAUUUUUGUACCACUCUCAGAAAAUGUAUAUUUUUGUGUUGAUUCCCCGUCUCAUCAGUGUAACCGCUAUGAAAUAAUUAAAACCUUCUGGUCUAUCUCAGGAUCACUGAAAAUCAUCACAAAAUGGCAAAGAAAUACCAAAGAAUGUAAAAAAGAACCCAAGUGUUAUAAAAUUGCAGAGUUUUUUAAUAAAUUAAAUGAAAUAGGAAAAACUAACGUAGAAGAUAUCUUGACACAAAUACGAAACAUUGAUAUCGGACUUGAUAAGAUUAAACUAGAUGAAUUGUAUUUAAAGCCUCUGGAGAUAAAUUUAAAAAAAUUGGUUCAUAAAGAUCAAUGGUCAUGUUACAAUGACAUUUUUAACAAAGCGGUUAGUGAACAUUCACACAAUGAAAUUCCUUUGAAUCGUAUUAAACAAUUCGCAGUUUCUGUAGUUCAAAAAGUAAUUCCUUUUGAAAUGUUUGGUACGAAUGUUAACCGCAAUCAAUUCUGUAAAAAUCUAUCUAAAAUAUUUAACUGUGGCUUGACCCACAAUUUUACAGUUGAACAAAUUGUUUACAAAAUGAAAUAUUCUUCAGUUAAAUGGCUGAAAUGCAAUGGCGAACCAGGUGUGAUACGACAAAUAAAAUCUGCAAUUUUCAAAGCGACUCUAGUUUGGUUAACCUCUUUCGUUCUCAGUCGAAUUGCACGGUGUUUUCAAGUUGUUAGGUCUAAUGUAUCGAGCUACGGUGUAGCUUACUUUACAAUGCCUUAUUGGAAGUCUAUUACUGAUAAAAAAUUGUUUCCUUUAACCAAAAACGGGUUUUUCCAAGAGAUUACCAAUAGCUCAGACAGUUCUUUAAGAAAAUGGAGGAUUUGUCCGUACGCAAAGGCCAAGGGCAUCCGGCUGAUAUUUAAACGUCGUGCAAAAAUUGAAGAGGAACUGAUGGACGAUUGCCUGGUGUUCUUACGUUGCCUAUCCUAUACGUACUCGAGAACAAAAUCAAUCGACAAGGUAAAAUUUUUCGAAAGCUGGCAAUCAUUAAGAUCGUGCCUUGAUCAGACCCAUAAAAUCAUUUAUUACGUAAGAACUGAUUUCCAAGACGCGUUUACCAGUAUCAAACAAAAAGCUCUGCUCUCUGUACUGAGAAACGCCAUUAAGCAAUAUUACGGGGCCAGUUCACAAUCGCUUCAAAUGCAUACAGUGGACGUGGUAAAGUACGCCACUGGAAAUAAAGUGCGUUGCAAGAGAGUGAAAUUCUUCGACGGAUUACCGACACCCACAUUUUCUGGCGGCUCUUUGAUGUUUCACCGUAAAAGCGUUACCGUAUCGUUGAGCAAAAUUUGGGCCGUCAUUAAAAAAUGCGUAGAAGGUAAUGUGGUGACACUCUACAACCGCUCGAGGAUUAUGACUAGGGGUAUAAUUCAAGGUGAUAGACUUUCGAUGAUUUUAUGCGAUAUCUUUCUUGCUGACCUUCAAUCAAACGUAAUUAGGUCUUACGUCAGCGGGCCUUCGCGACUACUGUAUCGAUUUAUGGACGAUUACCUAUUUGUAUCUUUUGACAAAAAGUCGGCCGAAGAUUUUUUGGCGGUCAUGAAUGCUGGAUUUGAGGCUUAUGGUUUGACUAUUAACAAAGAAAAAACCGAAACAAACCUAUACGGAAUAUCAGAAGGAGGAGGAACGGUCCGUUUUUUGGGUUUUUGUAUCAAUAUAGAUACUGGCGAAGUAACUAAAGACGUACAGUUAUUUCGUCGCAAACGACCACUACAUUUCUUUAAUUACAACUUGGGAGUCAAAUCUGGACAACGCUUAUAUCAACGUCUCACUAAUUACGCACACUAUCCAGUACCCGCCGUUUUACUUAGUAAAGUUUACAAUACUACAGGUACGGUCGUGCGAAACUUAGCUAUAUUAAUUUGUCACAAAGCAUUUGGAGCCAUUUUUGGGAUAAAGCAAUACUUUAGCCACGUUAAUAAUUUAUUCUUAUGGUGCUUAAUACGCGAUGUCGGAAAAGUAAUUUUUGCGAAAAUAUAUUCAGCACGACGAAUUUCUCCUAUUACUCCAAUGCAGAGCAAGUGGAUUGUCUAUGAAGUUUAUAAAAAAAUGUUACAGAAGUACCUAAAUUGCAAUACCAGUCUAGUUAUUACACAUCUGCGAGCUAAACAGGCUGUAAUGCGAAAAAAAUGCAACGUGACUACAUUAGAACUAGCUUUAAAACAUUACGACUUCUUAAAAAUGUUCGAUUAAUAUUUUAUGUAUCAUUCUUUGUCAAUAAUUAUUGUGAGAAAACUAUAUUGUUAACUUUUUUUGUGUAUUGUAUAAUUAUUGUUUUUUUAAUCAAGAAGAAAGAGCAAACAUAUCGUAUUGUAAAAGUUUAAAUUGGAUAAAGAUAUUUUUUUGGUGAUAUUCAUAAUGCAAUUUUCUUUAUCAUUAACUAAUGUAAAAAAAAAAUUUUUUUAACUUUAUUUUUAGAUGCUAUCCUAAAAAUUAAGUAAUAUUAUAAGUUUAUUGUCACAUAAUUAUUGUAUUUAAAACUAAUCUAUACAUUAAGUUAAUUUUCUAAA